UACCAUUCGGUCCCACCCACUACUCGAAUCACUCGCACUCCCAGCUGGAUGUCAUGAUAGUGGAUUCUAGUAAUAAAAUUGAAAGCUUUUCCAAAUCCUCUGUACCUUUUGCUGCUGGCCAUUGUCGUAUCACUGCCUGCUAUCGAUUCGAUAACCUUAACCUGACACCGCAAACUAUCACAUUCCGUAACUUUGCAAAUUGUGACCAUACUUCUCUAACCAACGACCUCGCAUCUCAACUAAAUCUCAGGCUUCCUAAUGGUCAAAUGUCUUGCGAUAACCCUUCCCUGCCUGACCUUCUUCCGAGCGAUCUUAUUAGUGAACUUACUGUAUUUUAUCAGUGUAUUAAGGAUGUUCUCGAUGUUCACGCACCAUUAGUUACUAAGCGUAUUAAGAGACGUUCUAUUCCUUGGAUUUCAUCGGAACUGCGAGAAAGAAUCAAAGACCGUGAUAAAGUGUUCAUCCGUGCGAAGCGGACACGAAAUCCAUCGUUCUUAGAUCAGUAUAGGAACCUGCGUCGUUCAAUUAAACUAGAUAUUAAGUCAGCGAAAAAUCGAUAUCUAAAUGAUCUAUUACUCCAGCAAUCGAGUCCUACCAAACUAUGGUCAUGCUUGCGUAAAUGUGGUCUUGCAGGCGGAGCAUCACAAUCUGCCCUUAGUCACUUCUCACCUUCUACUCUAAAUCAGCACUACGUGGCCAUCUCAUCAUCUCAUCCUCCUUGUGACCAGGCAGCGCUACACUCUAUUCUAUCAAGAUCUAUCCCUAGCCACCACCAAUCGUUUAUCUUCUCUCCUAUCAGUCAUCUGGAUGUCCUUAAUUGUCUUAAUGCCAUAUUGAACAAAUCGCGUGGUCUUAGUCCCGAUCAUCUUCCUCUUUCGCACAUUAAGCAUCAAUUCUCAGUUAUUGCUCCUUAUUUAUCAACUUUUUUUAAUUAUUCUUUAUCUCUUGGUGUUUUUCCAUCUAUUUGGAAGUCACUAUACAUUAUUCCACUUAAUAAAGUUACUAGUCCCUCAAAUCCAUCUGAUACACGUCCAAUAGCAAAUCCACCACAUUUGUCAAAAGUUAUUGAUUCCUUACUUGCACGUCAAAUUGUUGCAUUUCUUGAAAAUAAUGAGUUAUUACACCCCAAACAAUGUGGGUUCCGCAGAUAUCAUAGCACCCAGACAGCACUUCUAUACCUUCUUGAUGACAUCCGCCUCGGUAUCGACAAGGGUUAUGUCACCAUACUUGUGUUAUUUGAUUUUUCGAAAGCCUUCGAUACACUGAAUCAUUCAACUAUAUUAUCAUGUCUGCGUGACAUAGGAUUUCAGGACUCUGCGUUGAGUUGGAUGCACUCAUUCCUAUCAGAGCGCACUCAGUCUAUAAUUGGACUAGAUGGCCAACCGUCUGAACCUGAACUCACUACAUCUGGCGUCCCACAAGGCACUAGCUUAGGUCCCAUCCUUUUCAUAAUAGUUAUUAAUACCCUUUUCUCCAGGCUCCAGUUCUGUCGUGACACCACCAUCAUCUUCGCUGAUGAUACCCAAUUAUACUUAUGA